AUGAAGUACAUCCUAGUCACCGGUGGGGUGAUCUCCAGCAUUGGGAAAGGGAUCAUUGCGAGCAGCAUUGGGACGAUUCUAAAGUCAUGGGGACUCCGAGUCACCGCCAUCAAAAUCGACCCCUAUAUCAACAUUGAUGCAGGCACUUUUUCACCUUAUGAGCACGGAGAAGUGUUUGUCUUAAACGAUGGUGGAGAAGUUGACUUAGACCUUGGAAAUUACGAAAGGUUCUUGGAUAUCAAUCUUUAUAAAGACAACAACAUCACCACUGGGAAGAUAUAUCAGCAUGUGAUCAAUAAAGAGAGGCGCGGUGACUACCUGGGGAAAACUGUACAAGUUGUCCCUCACAUUACUGAUGCUGUCCAGGAGUGGGUUAUGAAUCAAGCCAUGGUGCCAGUGGAUGGUCACAAGGAGGAGCCCCAAAUAUGCGUUAUUGAGUUGGGUGGCACCAUCGGAGACAUUGAAGGAAUGCCAUUUGUGGAAGCAUUCAGACAAUUUCAGUUUAAAGCCAAAAGAGAGAAUUUCUGCAACAUCCAUGUUAGCCUGGUCCCACAGCCCAGUGCUACUGGAGAACAGAAAACCAAACCCACACAAAACAGUGUUCGUGCGCUGAGGGGCUUGGGCCUGUCUCCUGAUCUGAUCGUCUGCCGGAGCUCCAAGCCCAUCGAAAUGGCUGUGAAGGAAAAGAUUUCCAUGUUUUGUCAUGUGAACCCUGAACAGGUCAUAUGUAUCCAUGAUGUUUCUUCCACAUACCGAGUGCCUGUGCUUUUGGAGGAACAAGGCAUCGUUAAAUAUUUUAAAGAGAGACUGAAUUUGCCCAUUGGUGACUCUGCAAAUAAUUUGCUUUUCAAGUGGAAAAAUAUGGCUGACAGGUACGAAAGGCUGCAGAAAACGUGCUCCAUCGCUCUGGUCGGCAAAUACACCAAGCUGCGGGACUGCUAUGCCUCUGUGUUUAAAGCUCUGGAACAUUCCGCCUUGGCCAUCAACCACAAGUUGAAUCUGAUGUACAUAGACUCCAUUGAUCUGGAGCACACCACCGAAACCGAGGACCCUGUGAAAUUCCACGAGGCGUGGCAGAAGCUAUGCAAAGCCGAUGGCGUUCUGGUGCCAGGAGGCUUCGGGAUCAGAGGAACAUUGGGCAAACUCCAGGCGAUUUCUUGGGCAAGGACAAAGAAGAUUCCUUUUCUUGGAGUUUGCCUUGGGAUGCAGCUAGCAGUGAUAGAGUUUGCAAGGAACUGCCUUAACUUGAAAGAUGCCAAUUCCACAGAAUUUGAGCCAAGUGCCCCUGUUCCUGUGGUGAUUGACAUGCCGGAACACAACCCUGGCAACUUGGGAGGAACGAUGAGGCUGGGAAUAAGAAGAACUGUUUUCAAAACGGAAAAUUCAAUAUUAAGGAAGCUUUAUGGUGAUGUUCCUUUUAUAGAAGAAAGACACAGACAUCGGUAUGAGGUGAACCCUUCCUUGGUCAACCAAUUUGGGCAGAGUGACUUACAUUUUGUAGGACAGGAUGUUGAUGGGGAGAGGAUGGAAAUCAUUGAACUGGCAAAUCACCCCUAUUUUGUUGGUGUCCAAUUCCAUCCCGAGUUUUCUUCUAGGCCGAUGAAGCCUUCUCCUCCAUACCUGGGACUAUUACUUGCAGCAACUGGGAACCUGAAUGCCUACCUGCAACAGGGAUGCAAACUGUCCUCCAGUGAUAGAUACAGCGAUGCCAGUGAUGACAGCUUUUCAGAGCCAAGGAUAGCUGAGUUGGAAAUAAGCUAA